AUGAGGAGCAACGUACUUCAAAAGCUCUCCAGAAAUAAGACUAAGAUUGUGGUACUAUUAUGCGUGGUGGCAUUAUUGGCUUAUACAGGAACAUUUUCGGUAUCAAACUAUGAUUUGAACUUAAUCAACGAUGAGCAAGAGCCCAAGUCAAACUCGUUUGUGAAAGUUCCUGGAGAAGAUCAAAAAGACUACCAGCCAUUAAAAGGUCAGUAUGUGAACUCGAACCCAGAUUCAAAGUCGAACUUGAACUCGAACUUGAACUCAAACUCAAACUCGAAUUUUAAACAAGGACAAGCUGAUCUGCGUGUUGAAGAAGUGCAUAAAUUCUGGGCCAAGAUCUUCAAGAUAUACGAUGAAAACAAUAUGGAAUUGGGAGACUCCUCAGAUAAACUUAUUGAGUAUACCCCUAAGGAAAACCAAAUCGAUGAGCCAGGAACAAAGAAGGCAUUGCUUUCGCGUGCCAAGAUCUCCGAUGAAACAGUAGCUGCAUUGAAGGAGAGACAUUCGCGCGUUGUCAAAGGUCUCCCAGAACAUUUGAGUGAAUUGACGUACAAGAAAGGUACUACAGGUGUUGUCUUUAUAGGAGGCGGUAAAUUCUCGUGGUUGACGUAUUUGGCCAUUCUUGCAUUGCGAGAAACUGGCACAAAAUUACCAGUGGAGGUGGUUAUGCCAGAUGUACUGGAAUACAACGAGGACAAACAUUUUUGUGAGAAAAUGUUACCUGAACUUGGAGCCAAGUGUUUGGUGGUUACAGAAGUCCUUGGAGAUUUGGCAGUGAAAGAUCGAAGCUUCAAGUCUUAUCAAUUCAAAUCUAUUGCGUUGGCCAUAUCUUCCUUCCAGCACAUCCUACUUCUUGACUCAGACAAUAUGAUUAUUUCUAACCCAGAGCUCAUAUUCAGAAGCUCCCUUUAUCUGACAUAUGGUAUGAUAACAUGGCCCGAUUAUUGGAAAAGAACGAUUUACCCCAAGUAUUACGAAAUUGCCGAUCUUGAGGUAAAUGAAAAUAAACGUGCAAGAGUUAAUAGGUUCCCACUAUUUGAGCCAAUCAACGACGAGAAUGGGCUCUAUGUCGAAAAGGGCGACCCUUCAGUUCCAUUCCACGACUUGGAGAAUGCUGUUCCUGACCUAUCCACAGAGUCCGGGCAAUUCAUCAUCAAUAAGGGAACGCAUGGCAAAACCAUUCUUCUUUCAUUAUACUACAACAUCUACGGGCCAAAGAUCUUUUACAAGCUUUUCUCUUUGGGUGAACAGGGAGAAGGAGACAAGGACACAUUUAUCACUGCCGCAGCCGCCCUCAAACAACCACACUAUCAAGUGAAGUCGUUUAUAAUGUCGCCAGGUUACUUUGACGAUAACCAUAAGUUCAACGGAGUGGCAAUGGCGCAGAAAAACCCACUUGUUGAUUACGAGAGGUUCCAAGACUUGAUAGUUAAGCCAUUCAAAAAUGGCGGAGAGGUAACGCCUGUUGCAGACCAGAUUGAAAGCCUUAAUGUUUAUGCAGAUGACAAAAAUGACCAAUUCGGUAGCUACAACGGCAUACCUGUAUUUGCUAUCCACUGUAAUCACCCCAAGUUGGACCCUAUCACUUACCUUUCAAGAGAAGAUUUGUAUGACAAGUCUGAGAACAAACUCAAGUACAGGCUCUACAAUAAGAUGAAAUACAACAAGUCAAUUGCAUCUGGUAACAAUGGCGCGUCUCAAAACCUUGAAAUUGAUUUCGAGUACGAGCAAUGGUUGCACAUCCAUGAAACUUUAUGCUUGAAAAAAUACGAGUUCCAAUAUUUCAAGGGCCAAGACAUGGAUCAGCUUUGUGAAUUUGCAAAGAAUCAAGUAAACUGGUUAGCUCCUGAUGAAACGUCCAUGUAA